AACAAAAUUGACCCACCAGCUUAAUUGUUGCUAUAAAAUCAAUCUGCUAAUCCUGUCUGUUUGCGUUAAACAAACCACAAGUAUUAGGAGUACCACUUUUCUUUGAUGAUCAAACCACAAAUGUUAAAAUAUUGUCACACCUGCAUGCCACAACCUGUCCAAAUGACAGUAUUACCCUUGUCCUUUUGCACUUCUUGAUAAGCAAGUGAGAGUGGAAAGGAAAUGUCUGGUAUGCUGUGUGGCAGAUGAAAGUAACCUGCUUUUUCCAGAAUCUUGAUGAUGAUAUAUACUAUUUAUAAUGAUAAUUCAGACAGUCACUUUUUAAGAUUUGAUGUGGGUAUUUGAAGAAACCACCAUUGGUGCUCAAAUGAAGCUUCUUUUAUAGGAGUUGGGGUGAUCCAGUCCAGUGCAGCACCAAAUAUCUGCAAUGAGAAAGAAGUUUGCUUUUGUGCUUCUUUUAUCUCUUGUUAGAGUGGUUUUUAGCGCCACUGACCCUGGUGACCUUGAUAUUUUAAUGCAAUUCAGAGAUGGACUUGAGAAUCCUGAGCUCUUGAAGUGGCCUGAAAAUGGUGAUGACCCUUGCGGUCCUCCAAGCUGGAACCACGUGGUUUGUGAUAAGUCCAGGGUUACUCAGAUUCAGGCUCAAGUUGUGGGCUUGAAGGGUACUUUGCCUCAAAACUUGAACAAGCUCUCCAUGCUCAAGAACAUUGGUCUCCAAAAGAAUCAGUUGAGUGGAAAGUUGCCUUCUUUUAGUGGCUUAUCAAACUUGGUGUAUGCGUAUUUGGAUUACAACAAUUUUGAUUCUAUUCCGGCUGAAUUCUUUGAUGGUUUAGAUAAUUUGCAAGUCUUAGCAUUGGAUCACAACAAUUUUAAUGCUAGUACAGGCUGGUCAUUCCCCAAGGCUUUGCAAAAUUCUGCUCAAUUGACCAAUCUUUCUUGUAUAAAUUGUAAUUUGAUUGGACCAUUGCCGGAUCAUGUGCCAAUCAAUUCAGUGACAGGAAAAAUCACGACCAAAGCUGAUGUCUUUAGUUUUGGUGUUGUACUGAUGGAACUUUUGACUGGAUUGAUGGCACUUGAUGAGGACAGGCCUGAGGAGACCCAGUACUUAGCUGCAUGGUUCUGGCAUAUCAAAUCAGACAAGGAGAAACUGAGGGCUGCGAUUGACCCAGAUCUUGAUGUAAAAGAUGAAACGUUUGAGAGUGUCUCCAUCAUUGCUGAACUUGCUGGCCAUUGCACUGCAAGGGAACCCAGCCAACGGCCCGACAUGGGCCAUGCCGUGAAUGUAUUGGCUCCACUUGUUGAAAAAUGGAAACCACUGGAUGAUGAUAAUGAUGACUAUUGUGGCAUUGAUUACAGCCUUCCCCUUAACCAAAUGGUGAAGGGUUGGCAGGAAGCAGAAGGAAAGGAUUUUAGUUAUAUGGACCUAGAAGACAGCAAAGGUAGUAUCCCGGCUAGGCCUACUGGUUUUGCAGAGUCAUUCACUUCUGCUGAUGGUCGAUAAACGAAGUACUUUGUUGCAUUUCUUUGACUACCUUGUUCAUUUGGUAGUUGUAGAUAGCAGUUUGUGUUCUAUCUAUUUGAGAAUUCAAUGUCAAUAUAUAUAUAUAUAUAAUUUUUUUUUCACUGUGGUUGCUUUAUUGGUGGAUUUCCAGAUAUUUGAAAGUCUCAUGUCUAGGCAUUUCACUUUCAGUUGUAAUAUUUUCCUGCUUAUGAUGAUGUAGAUAGAGAGCAAUGGUGAAUGUGAACUAUUUAUUGGUCCUUCCA